GUUUUUCUUCUACAUUACUUAUCAAUCAUUUAAAUAGUUUAAAGCAUAUUAUAUUUUUUCAUCUUAUUAUGACACAUUUUUAUAAAUAAACAAAAGAUAUAAGCAGAAAAAUAAUUAAUUCAAUAAAUUCAUCACUAUCGAUUUUGUCAUUGUGUAUAUACAUCACCAUACAAUACAUUUCAGAAUUGAACACGCAGGUAGAGGAAAACUUGGCAACACAGGGAAUACCAACAUAUACAUACAUACAUAGUUCUACGGUUCCGCCAUGUAUCUUCAUAAGAAUUAUUUUACUUGUAGACUCCACUAACACAUAACUUUCUUUUUUCUUAUUUUCAACCAUCCGAAUUUAUAUUGCAUGACAAUUAGUUAUUAAUUAUUCUAACUGAAACUAGAAAAGUAAGAUAUUUGUAAUUUGCAAUUUGACCUCGUUUGUUGACCUCACUGGUUGCUAGGCACCAGUCAUAUUGUCAAAGGGAAGGAGUUAAGCUUUAACGAUGUUGCCAAAUUGUUUCAUGUUGAAAAUAUAUAGUCAAAAUCUAAUGCACUAAAUUGUUUAUGCAGUAAAAAUCACGAAUUCGUCAUAAACGUAACAAAAAUUAUUCAUUCGUGCUUAGUAUACAAUUAUCCUUAUAAUGCAGCAUAGUAUAAUAUUGAAUCCAUAUGAAUAUAAGUAGUUAACAUUUUUAUUACUUAACAUGUAAACCAAAAUUUGUAAAUGUAAAAUUAUAUCUUUUAUAAAUCGAACGCACAUAAUGUUAAUAGAAUAUUAUGUAUUAACAUGCAAUAUAUAAAAAAUUAUUAUUUUAUGUAUUUUAGAAAUUUACUAUGUUAAUACUAUUAUUCGUAGUUUAAAACAUUUUAACAAUUACAACACAAAAAGUAAUUAUUUUUAAUGAAAUGUACAUAUGUAUGUGUGCAUGGACUGUCGUUAUCAGUGUUGCCAACUAACAGAAAGGUUGCGCAGUGUUAUAUCUUUCACAAAAUAUGAAAAAAUGGAUUGAAAUUAAAACAUAUGUACAUAAGCUAAUUAUAUGUUUGGAUUAAGUAAAAAUCAUAAAUGAUAUUUUGAAUAAUGAAUUUUUUAUUAAAUUAUGCGUAAUUUAACUAAUUUUAUAUUUAUUAUGUUUAAAAUUAAUAUUCGAAUUAUAAUUUCAAAUGUUUUAAGUUGUCAUUAACAAUUGAUUUUGGAGGUUUCUACAUGCAAUACUGCAUGAAUGAAAAUAAAUAGGCUACUAUUAGUGUCUUCAAAAUAGAGGUUAUAUUGACGCUGCUAAUAUUUACAAUAACUUUUCAUUAUAAAUAUUGUGAACUAAUAUGUGUUAUCUUAUAUCAGUAUUUCAAUGCAAACAAGUGAUCAAUUUGAUAUAAACUAUGAAAAUCAGCUCGGUAUGAACAAUUUUCAUCAUUGAUAAUACAUGUGUCAACAAAAAAAUUAUUUCAUAUGAUAAUGAUACAUUUAAUAAUACACUUUACAUAUAGAAAAUAUAAUAUAAUAAAUUAAAUCUUAUUAGUAAUUUGUGCAAUAGUAUUAACUAAUUUGAAAGGCUUGAAUUAUAUAUACCAUUAUAAUCAUAAAUAUAAAAUAAAAUAAUUUAUAAACAUGUUUAGCACUUUGCGUAACAAGUUUCAAACAGUUCAAGAGGGUAUAUCUGCUAGUAUUAGAGGAUUAACUGUUGUUGAAAAUCCAAAACAAAAAAAGACUGGAAACAUCAGAAAUGUUAAUUACAAUGCAGGAGCUGAUAUCUUACAUAGAUUUCAAUUGCAAUGGAAUGAACUACAUGAGCUAGCAGAAGAAAAUUCGGGUAAAGCUCAAGAAGCUGAUAAACUCAUUGGAACUAUUUAUGAAAAACUCGAACAAGAAUGGAAAAACAUUACGUGUCUAAAUAGUACUUUAGCUUACAUUCCAAAAAUCAACAAUGCAAUACAGGAUCUUAUGGAUCAAAUAGGAACAUUACAAGAAAUGUUUGAGGAGGUAGAAGGUGCUAUAUAUCAAUUAGAAAAUUUAAAUGAAAUGUUAGAUUUGCAAAGUAGACAAUUGGAUCAUAGAUUUCAAUUAGCCUUAUAUAAGGAGAAAAAACUUGCAGAAUUAAAUGUUAUUAAAGCAAAAUUGGCUGAUGAACAUAUUGAGAGAGUAUCAAAAUAUGAACUUAAACAGCAGAAAAUGAUGAAAGAAAGACGAGAAACAUUUGAUGAAGCUUUUAAAGAAGAGCUUAGGGAAUACAAAGCAACAGGAUCCAUAUCAAAAUUGCCAGUGACACAACAAGGGCCUUCAUUGGAUGAGAUAGUUUUGGAUGUAGAUUCAACAAUAUUUAAUGAAUUUUUAAAAAACUAACCCUUUUACUUUAUUAAGAAAAUAAUUCUGUUAAAAUCUAUUUAAGUGUCUUAAAAUAUAAAAAUACAAUAAACAAUUAUAAAAUAUAUUAUAAAUUAAUUAUUAAAUAUAUUAUAAAAGUGUAAUACACAAUUAUGUAAAAAAUCUAUAUAAAUUGUACAAGAAUUAAAUAGUAAUUUUUAGAAAUGAUUUUUAUAUUCUUUAUUUAAAUGUUAUGAAAUACGAAAUAUAGAAAUAUAUCAAAUUCAUCAAUA